UCUGUCCUGGAUUAAAUGAAUACAGCACCCCCAUCACUGGAGGCUGGCAGGAGGUCAGGCCUCACAAUCAAAGGACCUCACUGACCCUAAACCACCCCAAAGGGCCCUGGAGUCAGAACCAGUUGGUCUCCUCCAGGCUUGCCCCAGGUAAGCCCCUUAUUGUUCUGAACACUGGGUCCUUCCCUGGGGCUGAGUUCCAAGACUCCAGCCUGAACUCCCACCUCAUUCUGCUCUCUCCAGGUUCCCUCCCUCAGGGGCCUGUGCAGCUCAGCCCUGGGGAGAUGGAAGAGUCUGGACAGGGGCCCACAGGUCCACAGGCAACCUGUAUAGGUCAAGAGAGCACAGCAGAUGGCUCAUCUCACCAACGUCUUCCUCUGCCCCCUCCUGCUCGGUCUCGGCCCUAUUCUUGCUCUGUCUGUGGAAAGAAGUUUUCACUCAAGCAUCAGUUGGAGACGCACUACCGAGUCCACACAGGAGAGAAACCCUUCUCCUGUAGCCUGUGUCCUCAGCGCUCCCGAGACUUCUCUGCCAUGACCAAGCACCUGAGGACGCAUGGGGCUGCUCCCUACUGCUGCCCUCUGUGCAGGGUGGGCUGCCCCAGCCUGGCUUCUAUGCAGGCACACAUGCGCAGCCACUCGCCCAGCCAGCUCCCGCCAGGAUGGACCAUUCGCUCAACUUUCCUCUAUUCCUCCUCGAGGGAGUCCCGGGCCAUGACCUCUCUCGGUCCCUUCUCUUCCACCACCUGAGCUUCUUUGGCCUCAGCCAAGAGUCCAGUGAGUGAAAAGCGAGCCAUCUCAACCUCUGAGCCGGCAUCGCUACUGCAGUGGCUUAACAAAAUUCUGUCGCAGAAGCAUCGCAGGAUAGGCACUGAGAACCCUCUCCGGAAUAGCCAAUGGCAGCAGAUGCUUGGGCCAGCCACCCCUUGUGAAGCCAGGACACUGGCGUUUGCUGCAGCAAUCCACUGUAAAGGUUCUCUCGGUUGCAUCACCAUAAUAAAGAGUUUCCGGUGCUGUCUGGUCAGCACAGGAAAAGAAAGGGGAAUCCAGACUUUACUCCGUGCUUGGAGACCCUCCAAGUCAAGUUUCUUGUCCUGUAGCGGCCCCUGGUGGUCGUGCGUCCGCUAAUCAGCGGAUCUGGCACCGUACACUUCUCUGGGGUGCCGGGUCCUUCUCCAGAGUCAUUUUUGAAAGACCUCGGAAUCCUGGACAACUUCACAACAGGCCUGGGCUGGGGGUGGCGGGAGGCUAUAAGACUUUCAAGACGCUGGGCCCUUCCACAGCAAUAUCCAGCGCGCAGGCUACUCGAGGUGCCCGGCCCAGGGCUAGAGAGGAGCGCAUGCUCCGUUCCACUUUCGGUCGUCUGCCUCUGAGCACAGCACCAGUGAGACACGCCUCUCCUGCACCUUCUCUUCCUCCCGAGACAAACCGCCUCAGGAUCACGCCUGGAACUGAGACACCCUGUGCGUCGUCCCUUCCCCAGCCCACGCCUCCGGAUAGUGGCCGAUUUCGUUUCCCAGCGUCGGCCGGGUUCUCAGGGUCCGAAUCCCGCAGCACCCUGGGAGCAGUAGUCCAUGCUGGCCGCAGGCUCCGACCAGAACAAUGGGAGGAGUCUAGGGCGAGGACCACACCUUCCCGAGACCCGGAACUGGCUUUCCCGGUGUUGGUCCGAGGCCUGAAGGUCCCGGGUCUUGCACUCCAACUCCUGGCAGAAGGAGCGGGGCGUGUAAACUACAUUUCCCGAAGGGCCCUGCGGACCGUCCCGCCACGGCCGCGGCGCUAGGUCUAUGCUUUCCAGGUGCGGUCUGAGCGUGACGGCCGCCGGGCCCAGGCUCCCGCUCCCGUGCUCCCCCGCG